GCCAAAUGUAUAUUUCAAGAGUAGGAGGUAGCUCAGGCCUCAAGUCUUAUUCUGGCUUGGGCCUUAACACAAAGAAGGGACUUACAAAGAGAAAGGCUUUUAAGAAGACUUCAGAAGUAGUUAAUUGGGCAGAUAUGAGCCCUGGGGAGUUAACUAGUGAUAUUUACCCGCCAGUGUUUCAGAGGAAUGAGCUGUGUCAUUUUAAUAAUUGUGAUUAUGGUACUGAAGCUGAAAGUACCAGUCUUUAUAAAAGACUGCUAUGCUGCCAGAGAAACAAAAUCAAGCCCCAAGAGCGUAAACAUAAUAGUGAAAGAGCACGGAAAUAAUUGGAAAUUUAUUAAAUCAAACCUUCUAGCAGAAUUGUUUAUAAAAUAAGCUUAAUUUUGGACAAAGAAAGUCUUCCAAGAAUCAUGAUAAUGAAUCUUUAUCGGAUGAGGAAGAAGUUAAAACCUCUUGGACUGAGAAUUUGAUAAUACAUCCCAACUCUAAGAAAGUAUACUUUGAUUACUUGAUGUCUUAUGUUGCGCUUAUUGACUUACUGGUUAAUAUCUACUGAAUAUUUGUAGCAGAGCCCAGCGUAGUUUUCAAUUUAUUAGUUUUACCUUUGUUCGUCCUCGAAAUGAUACUGUGAUCCUUAACUACAUUCUACGUCGAUGUAAUGCUUGAAAAUAGAAUCGUGUAUAUCAUAAAGAACUAUCUCAAGAAUCAUUUCUUGCUAGAUUUCAUAGGAACAUUUCCUUUCUUUUUGUUCAACAUCGAAUUCCUAUCAUUUAAGCUUAUGAGGAUCUUCAAGUUGACAACCUAUAUAUCGAGGAUAAAUUCAUUCACAGAGAGAAUCUUGACGAAAUGAGUUCAUGAUAGGAGGGAGUUAAUCAACAGUGUGAAAAAGACAAUAAGGUUCUUGAUCUUCCUAACCUUCACGAUGCACCUCCUCGCUUGCAUUUGGAUCUAUAUUGGACACAAUUACGAAGAUAAUUGGAUUGAAAAGGGUGAGAGUAUACUGGAAGACAGUGAAAACAACCUCACUCUUUAUAUUGCUGCAAAUUAUUGGGUCAUGUCUACCUUUACCACAGUUGGUUAUGGAGAUUUCUCAGGGCUUAAUAAUACAGAAUACUUGUUUAAUAUGCUGGUCCAAGUUCUUGGAAUCGGAUUUUUUGGGUAUACUAUUGAUAGUAUUAGCCGGAUGAUGGGCCAGAUUGAUUCUAUUAGCGAGUUCCAAGAGCAGGAAGAGGAAAAACAGAAUAUCUGGCUCAUGAAAUUAGGGAGGAGUAAUAAAGAUAAGAUCCUCUCAAGACAUUACUUCGAUCAUGCUAAUUCGUUCUUCUCAAAUUAUUGGAGUAUGGAUUUCAAAACUCUGAAAAAUCAUGAAUUUUAUACUCAAUUAAAACCUCAACUUCAAAUUGAAGUUGAUAACAACUGAUUUGAAGAAGUCUAUGAUCGGUUUGAAGGAUUCUUUUACCAAACUCAACAAGGAUUCAAGAGAGAAAUAUGCCACAAUCUGGUAUUUGAAGAGUUUAGAAUCUUUCCUCCCUAUACUGACUCGUAUGAAGGUGAUAAAUAAAUCAUUUCCAGAUAAACAAAAGACCUUACUUCUAAAAGAUGGGGAGAUGCCAGAUAGAAUUUUUUUCUUUGUUGGAGGGGAGGCUUAUGCCUCAAAUAGCACUGGUAGAUACAAUUACUUCCAGCUUCCAGAGGGAGCAUAUUUUGGUGAUACUCAUGUUCUGAUCGGACUUCCAAUGAGUUAUUCACUAUUCUAUAACAGCGAAAUCGGGUGAGCUGCACUUACCAUCAAAGCUGAUAUAUUUCUAAACAUUUGAAAAAGGUACCCUGAUUCCUUUGCAAAAUUACGAAAAAGAAGUGAGCAGAGGAGAAGAGUGCUAAGGACUUACAAAUUUGAAGCUCUUAGCGACAUAAUCAAUUCCUCAAUUGAAAAGUUUAAAGGGGCUGCAAAUUUUGAGAAAAUAAGAGGAAUGUAUGACUUAUUACUCAACGAGAAUAAAGAAAAUGAGAUUGUCAAGGAAGCUAGGAACAGAAUCAGCAUUCUCAAAACACUUGAGCAAGGCAAAGCUAGUACAAGAUCUUCUCGGAGAAGAGAUGCAAUUACAGUCCUUAAGGAAGAACAAGAGUAUAAAAGAAAUUCUAUUAAUUUUGGAAACAUUCCUGAAUUUGGAAGACAGGAUAUACCUAAGCGAAAAUUUGUGCUUCCAGAAAUCUCCCAAGUGAUAGAUGAAGAGUCCAAAAAUUUUAAUACCUCAGAGAACUUGUUUAGAGAGCUGGAAGAUAAUUCUCUAAAUGAAGGUUUUGACAAAAAUCUUGAUAAAAAUCUUAACUUGAUGCCUGAUAAAAUAGAGAUGAGUGAAUAUGACUCUCCUUUAGCACAUUCCAAUUUGACAAAGAAGAAGUCAAUAUUAUAAACUCAAGCCAAAGCGAUAACAAGUUUAUACAGAUGAUGGAGAACGAUAAAACUAUGAAACGCACACUAGACUUUCCUGAAAAAACCAGAGGAUCUGCUGCUCUUACUGAUGAAAACUUUAAGCUCACUCAUAACAAUAUUGCUGGUCACCUUGAUGAGCUAAUUACCGAUAAUCAGCAUAAAAAUCUUGGUCCUGAUAAAGUAGAGGAUAGUGAUAGGGGAGAUAAUAGAAGCGAAAAUUCUGAUAAGGAAAGAAUAUUCUUCAGUGGCGGCAGUGAUAGUUCUGAAAAUAACAGCAGCAUACCUUCUUCCUCCAGUAGUUCAAGUAGCCCAAGUACCAACAGAAGAAGAUCAAUGCCUAAUUUUAGAACGAGGAUAAAUUUAGAAGAGGUAGAUAAUCCAAGAUCUGCAAGGAUUAGGGAGAAAUUUUUCCAAAUACAUCAAACUCUUUGAAAUAACUCAAAAACUUCUAAAGAACUUUUCCUUAAAAACGAGAUUUGCGAGGAAUAUUGCAAAGAUGAGCCGAAUGAGAUAAACAUUGUAGAAGAAGCUAUUCCUGACUGAAUUCAGUAUCUGUUGACUAAGUAUUCUCAGAAAGAUCAUUCUGUACCUAAUUUUUCUAAUUAUUCGAGCAACUUCAACCGAGAGAAGGAAGACGAUCAGAGAGCGAAAUAUUCAGAACUUCUCUCGAUUGUUCAAAAAACUAGCAAAAGCCUUGAAGUUAUCAAAGAAAAAUACAAAAACUCUUUUAAAGAAGAACAAGAUUUAAGGAGAGCAAAAUUUGAUCAAGCUCAGGCCAAAAUAAAGAACAUUCUCUCGCAUCGUAAAAGAAAUACUUAGAGCGUUGGAUAUCUAAGUUAGUGCCUUUCUUGUUCUCAAUCAUUGCAU